GAUUCUGACUGACUGCUAUUUCACUCAACAUGUCGGCAUUUAACUGUAACGGCACUUUUUUAAGACGAAAAAUGUUAACUGCAAUUAAUUUAAACAAUGGAUUUGCAACGUAAAUUGCCAGCUGCUAGUCCAGCUUCUACACAGUGCUCUGAGUUGGAAUAUUUAAUAGCACUACAAUCGGAUGAGAUAGGGGGCUCCCAGCUGCGUCGCUCCCAGCGUUUGCGCGAAAAGGAGAAAACUAAUUUAGAAACUCGCAAAGAAGUCGUCGAGAAUACAAUAAAUAAUACUAGUAUCAAUGAUGGCGCCAGCUCGCCUCAACUGUUUGCGGAGACGGAUGAGGAAUUCAGCCAACUUGGUCAACAGCCUCCCAAACAGGCCAGUAUACCACAAGCGACCAUUAAUCAAAAUGUGGCGAGCAAACGCGCCAAUAAUGAGACUUCCGUGGACGUGUGGCCAAAGGAAAAGCGCCGCCGCAAAAGUACAAGCACAUCCCGUGCCAAGAAACAAACAGCAGCUGUGAGGAAACCAACAACAUUGUCUUCAAAAUUGAAUCUUAAAACAAACUCAAUUGAGUCGCAAUUCGGAAUAAUGUUUCCUUAUCCACAAGUGGAUAAUGCCGACUGGCAGAAGUUCUAUAACCCGCAGGCAAUUGUCAUCCCAUCUAAACCAAACUCAGGCGAAUUGGAAAUCAAGAUCUCGCCUGAAUCUAUACAAAAUCCAACAACAAUGCCACAAAAUGAAAAAUUAGUACCACAACCCCAGAAAACAGAGCCUUCUUAUCAAAUUUGUAGUCAACCUAAGCGGAAAUCCCAUAAAAUCAUUGAUUCUGCAUCUGGAACUAAGCGAAGUCGUGCCAAAAACCAGCGUAAAGUUGUUCCAAUAUCUACCAAUGACAAAGUAACUAAUCAAUGUGCACAUCACCAGCAGCCGACCGUAAACCCUUCAGAUUCAACAGAGCCACAUCUGACGGUAUUCACCUACGGAACUGCACAGAAUCCGCAGGUUCAUCCUGGAAUAUCCUUGCAGCUCAGUUACCAACAGCCGACCGUAAACCCAUCAGAUUCAACAGGUCCGCAUCUAACAAUAUCCAACCAUGGAACUGCAGCGAAUCCCCAGGCUCAUCCCGGGCUGUCCCGGCAGUACAGUUACCACCAGCCGACUGUAAACCCACCAGAUCCUAAGCCAUCAUCAUAUCAACGUCAAACUUGGACUCAAACCCUGCUUCCGGAGCGUUAUCCGGACCAUUUUAUACACCAGUUGCCGCCGGAAUCCACUACAAUGAAUGGAGUAAUCAUGUCAAGCGAAUUGCAGCGCGUUGGAGCUGAAACAGCUGUGCCGGAUUCAACUAGAGCCUUGCCAUCCAAAGAACUGCGACAAAUGUGUCCCACACCGGAUACAACGCCAACCGUCGCCCACGAAUCCUAUACCCCGUCGCCGCCGAUUGCGGAUUCGUUGACUUCAUCAACGCCAUCACUUAGUGAUUCGCUUGCCGAGGUAUUUGGCACUAGAAAAGUACGAAAUAUUUUAAACAUAGAGCCGCCGCGCAAGUAUCUGGUGCUGGAGGUUCAUCUGCCAGCGAUCGCGUUUAUGCUGGACGUGGAGCUGGGACGCCUGCGCGCCGUCCUGGGAAUGACACAACGCCUGACGCACGAGCAGGUUGAACAGAUGACACAGGAAUCCCGUGAAGUUAUAAGCAUACACUCAUCAGAGGACAAUCAAGAGUUUGAGAUGCAGUGAAAGCCAUAAAACAAUAAGUUUAUAACAAUAUCUUGUCAAAUUUUAGAUUAAUUUGUAUAUUAUUUUUUGUUAUUGUUGUUUAUCAUGUGCACAGCAGUUGCACUGUCUCUAAUUGAUUUAAUAAUGUUAAUCACAUAUUGAGACAGACAACGAGAACGACGACAUCAAAUGUAAUGUAAGAAUCGUAUAUCUAUAUAGAUAUAUAUGGAUUCAUCACGAGUGCACUACUGUGCGAAACUGUACUUAAAGUUGAACUUUUCGUUUUAAAACUGUAGUGUGUUGAUCAUUUAAAUUUUGUAUUUUGUAUAAUUUAGUUGGUAAUCAAUAUAUGUAUAAUGUAUUGUA